AUGGGAAGGAGAGGAAUGAGAGAUGGGGAGGAGAGGAAAGAGAGAUGGGGAGAAGAUGAGGGAGAAAUGGGAAGGAGAAGAAUGAGAGAUGGGGAGGAGAGGAAGGAGAGACGGGGAGGGGAAGAAGGAGAGAUGGGGAGGCGAGGAUUGAGAGAUGGGGAGAGGAAUGAGAGAUGGGGAGGAGAGGAAAGAGAGAUGGGGAGGAGAGGAAAGAGAGAUGGGAGGAGAGGAAGGAGAGAUAGGAAGGAGAGGAAGGAGAUAUUGGAGGAGAGGAAUGAGAGAUGGGAAGGAGAGAUGGGGAGGAGAGGAAAGAGAGAUGGGGAGGAGAGGAAAGAGAGAUGGGAGGAGAGGAAGGAGAGAUGGGAAGGAGAGAUGGGAGGAGAGGAAGGAGAGAUGGGGAGGAGAGAUAGGAGAAAUGGGGAAAGGGAGAGAUGGGGAGGAGAGGAAGGAGAGGAGAGAUGGGAAGGAGAGGAAAGAGAGAUGGGAGGAGAGGAAUGA